CAAAUGGAUGGGGGGGGCCUCCGAGGCUGACACGCUGACUCAUCGCCGAGGGGGGCGGUGUCAUGGAGACAGGUCUCCCCUCGUGUGCGGCGCUGCCGGGAGGGGCUGCGGGCAGCAGGGCGAAUGGGGGAGUUACAGACCGUAGGUUUGGGGGGUGAGGGGCGUAGAGACGGGCGGCUGUGCUGGUGGGGCAUAGUGCGGAUUCUGAGCACACUUCCAGGUCAGAACCAGCCCUGGGGCUGGGCUCCUGCUGUGAGACCAGCAGGCUGCUCUGGGUACCUCUCCCAUGCUUGUGUGUACUUGGAACACCCUGUGCUCCUCUCCUGCCUCAGCUAGUGUUCCAGGUGAUUCAGCUGCUAGGGCAGUAGUCUUCCCCUAGUCACCAGCAGGGCCCCAGAGCUACACAUGCUCCUCAUACCCCUAAAUACAACUCUUUCAAGGGCUGGUCUGAGGGGGCUAGCAUGCCCUUAAUGUAAGCAUAACGGGGAAAGCUGUGCUACAGAUCUACUCAAAGUGCCCAGAAAUCAACUAACCCCACCAUUGUGGGACACCAGGGAGCCUUGGGUAAUAGCCAAAAACUCUGUGUGCAACAAGUGCACCAUCUCUCCCUGAGCAAGAUUUCUGCUAAGGCUGAAUGCUGAGGCCACAAGGCAGAAGAACAAAACAAGUGGGGUCAGGCCUGACACCUCUGGUAGCUAUGCCCAGGGUCAGGGGUGCCUUUGCUUUACUAAAGGCCCUUGACCAGCUCUGUCAAGGGUGCAUCUGAGUUUUACAAUAACAGCCAGUCUGUGAAUUAAUUGCUACAGAGUAAUUUGAAGGAUGUUUUGUGAUUCUCCAGGACGUCUUGCCAAAGGCUUUAAAAGCACAUGGCAGAUACUUGCCUACUUCUAGGUGUAUGUGCAGUGCCUAUAGGAAUUCAGGAAUGGCCAGACUGGCUCAGGCCAGUGGUCUGUCUAGUCCAGUCUUUGACAGCAACCAGAACCAGUUGCUUUAGAGGAAAGUGUGAGAAAUCCUUCAAUGACCAGCUGUGGAAUAAGUAGCCCACGGUGGUGUGUUCUCCUGCGCCUGACUGUAAGUGUAGACAAGUCCUAACUCCAUUUGCGUGAUCUUUAAAAACACAUUGCCAUAGAAACAGAGUUGACACAAUGUCAGCCAUUGUGUUAAGUUUCCCAGCCCACACACAACUUUUCUAAAGCUCCUACCUAUCAAACCGAACCGUAUAGUAGUAGCAAGACAUUUAUUCAUAAUGUCAGUUAGUACAAAACGUUAAUGAAUUAAGCUCCCAGCUACCAGGCAAGCAACCUCGCACUGCAGAAGUGGAAACACCCCCAAAGCCACACAAUCCUGACCGACAAGGCUCUCGUGUUAUGACGACCCCCAACCAAGCAAACAAAGCCUUGAAGGUGAAGCGGGAGCCGGGCGAGAAUGGGACCAGCUUGACAGAUGAGGAGCUGGUGACCAUGUCUGUGCGGGAGCUGAACCAGCAUCUGCGGGGCCUGUCCAAGGAGGAGAUCAUCCAGCUGAAGCAGCGCCGGCGCACGCUGAAGAACCGAGGCUACGCGGCCAGCUGCCGGGUCAAGCGUGUCACCCAGAAGGAGGAGCUGGAAAAGCAGAAGGCGGAGCUGCAGCAGGAGGUGGAGAAGCUGGCCUCCGAGAAUGCCAGCAUGAAACUGGAACUUGAUGCCCUCCGCUCCAAAUAUGAGGCGCUCCAGAACUUUGCCAGAACCGUGGCCCGGAGCCCGGUGGCUCCUGCAUGGGGCCCCAUCACGUCCAGCAUGGGGCCCCUUGUCCCUGGCAAAGUCGCCACCACCAGUGUCAUCACAAUAGUGAAAUCCAAAACGGACGCCCGGUCUUAGUGAAGCGAGUGCUGCCUGGGCUUGUCUGUGCAGAGCAGUUAGGCACAAAGCUAACCCGGCACCCCCGAAGCACAAGCCCCUUUCCUCGUGGGUCAGGACUCCCUCCUCUCUGCUCGGCCGGCCUGCUGACCACUCCAGUUCUGUGUCGUGUCUUGUUCAGAUUGCUGUGCCCAGCGGCAACACCCCCUCCUGCACAGCGCGCCUCCCGCCUAGGGGUCCACAGCCCUCUGGGGCGUCCUCAGGACAGAGACCGUGGUGCUCUAGCCAAAGAAAUUCCACCCUGCAUGGAGGAAGGAGGGUGACUGGGGCCCGUGCCCCUUUCCAGUGGGAUGGGGCAUGGGAGGGCAGAGAGGUUCUGGGGCAGGGAGUUGGGAUCCCCGGUUUCAGUCACUUCCGAAGGAUUUAUUCCACUAGACUUCCAAGUCGCGUAUCUCGGGGCCUGGUUGCCAGGUGUUCAAAUCUGCUGCUUGUGUCUCGCAUCCGCGUGGUCGCCGUGGGGAGGAGUUUGUGUUCACUUCUAGCAUCCCACCUGUGUCUGGAAGGCAGGCUUCCUUGUGAUGCUCCCUGUGCCAGUCACACCCAUGAUAAUUCGGGGGAGGGAGGAGACUGCAGUCCCCUGGGUCUCUGCUCUGUGGCCGGGGAGGGAGGCGAGCCAGACGAGGGCACUGUGGGGGCCAGCAAUGUGGGGAGGAAGAGAAACCCUGGUGACUGCAGGCCAGUUUUGUGCCUAACAUGCUGCACUGAACAAGACCAAAAUCCCUAGUUUCUCCUAGCUGUUGAGGGUAUCGUGUGUCUCCCGUUUGGUUUACACAACCAGUUUGUGCUUAAAUAGUCCUGUUGUUUAAAGAGAGAGACAUUCAUUUUAAGAGUUCUUACCUUAUCAAAGUUUAAAAAUCAGACAGAGGGGAGAUCAUAUUUAUAGUCAGCUUUUUUACCAGAGCCAGCGGGAAUAUUUGACCAUAUAAGUGGAAAAAUAUUCUCAGACUCUGCUAGCUGAAAAGUAAAUAAGACAAAUAAUUUUCAAGUUUCUCAUGAGCCUCCUGCCUGCUCUGUGGCUCCGAGGUUCGUUUUUAUACAGAGUUCUCAGACUUUAUUUAUAAAACGUAGAAAAAGACAAAAAAAGGCAAGUCCUGUUUGAUACCUUUUUUGCAAUUGUACCAAAAGUGACUUAUUCUUGCACUUGCUGGCUUCCGCCCUGUUCCCACUGUGCUGCCUGGCCGUGCUCUGAGCGCUCGUGUGGUGCUGCGCUGUGAUGGUGCCAAUUGCUGCCUUGCUGUCCUGUCUGCGCUGCCUUCGCUUCCCAGGAGGGGCUUGGGCCCUGUGCUGGGCCCCCAACCAGCGAAGAUCAAGAGCCUCUAACGGGAAGCCAGAACAACUGGCUGGGGGUGAGCCAAUGGUAUCCGGGCACCUCUCCUUCUGCGCAGGGCUCUUGGACAGCCCUGCCGCCUGUCUCCCUACCAGGAGGCAGCCAGCUUCCUCAGAGGCCCAGCUGCUGCUGGGGUUCCUUGAUAGCUCCGGUACCGGAACGCCGCAGACUCUCUCCCCUGCUUGGAGCAGGGGAAAGGAGGCUGCUCAGGAGGCGACUGGGAAGUAGCUCUGGGCUUUGGUUUCCUGUUGGGCCCUGAGAUCAGGACUUGACGUGCUGGCCAUGAGCCUCACUGUGCAUUUGAGCAGGGCAGGAAGUUGCAUGGGGCAUGGUGCUGGACUCUUGCUGUCGCGUCUGCAUAGUACUGAGAGGGAAGCCAGGGCACCGCUCCCUCGUGCAGCUUCUAGGCGCGACGGGUAGGUCGGGCGGGCGGCGGGUGACGCGACAGAACCACCGUGCUAUCCCACAUCUGGAGCCCCCCCACCCCGGGAAGCCUGUUCCCCCAGGCAGUGGGGAGAGACCAGCCUGACAGGCUGCUCUCUGGGCUGCUGGAUGUUGGCUGAGUGCAGGGAACGCAGUAGGUUGGUGCUGGGCUCAGCUGCAGCGCCAGCUUCAGGGCCUGUUCAUGGUGCUGAGCUUCUCUGGCUGGGCACAGAGUUCAUGCCCCCCAUGGGCAGAGAUUUCAGAGGAUUUUCCGUUCAGUCCACCCUUGCUCGAGAGCUUGAGGGUUUUUCUGCUUUGCUCUAGUCGGGGAUCCAGGAGGAAGCUGUUCCCAGUGGGUUACAUGGGGCAGGGGGGUCUCCCAUGUCCCCCUGCCAAGCCAUGGGGUUUCCUCUAGUCCUCAUGAACAGCUGAGACCAGCUCUCCAGAAGGGCUAGUGGCUGUUCUGGGUGCAGCGUGGCCCCUGCGGAUUUCACUCCCGGCCUUCUGGCGCCUUUCUCCUGCCACCACUCACAAGGUGCUGACUGCAGGGUCUUCAAGCGCAGCCCCCUGAAAAGAGCCCGGAAGACCCACGAGGUCCGAGCAAGCCUGGCAUGUCUGCCCUGCCUGGGCUGUGGGGGACGCCAUUGUGGGGGGGUCAUAGCAAGGUGGGUGCUGUGCUCCACCCCCAGCUGGCUUUGCUUUGAGGAGGCCCCAUCAGGCUUUGUGCAAUGGCAGGCGCAGGUGGCGACUCUCUGCUGGGGAAGGUGCCAUGGCCAGAGCGCCCCGGGAGUUGCUGCCAGUCCCCUUCUGUCCUCCAACCCUGAUUUAACAGCCUGGCACGUCCCUCCCUGGCUGACCCCUCGCCCUUCCUCCGUCUUCAGAGGCGGCCUGAGGCCUUUCCUGGGAGGAUCCUUUGGGGCUGGGCACAGGGAGCGCUGGAGGACCCAGCAGGCACUGGCUCAGACUCGGCUCUUCUUGAGAUUUCUUUUUACUGUGCUGCUUAGUCUGCCACCCCAAACUCCCUGGCUGUGACGAGCCUAUUCAGUGAUGUCACAUCUCUGCCCAGGGGUUUAGGAGCAAAGACACAAAGCUGUAGCUGUGUGAUGUGGAGCAAUGAACUGAGUGCUAGGAGCCAGGACUCCUGGGAUCCCCUCUUGGUGUGGCCACGGGCUCCAGGUGUGACCUUAGGCAAGUUGCUUCCCUCCUCUGGGCUUGCUGCUCUGCCCUGUCAGUGACCGGCGUGGCGGAGGGGCUCCGGGCGGCUCCAGGGCUGGCCUCUGCCCUGUCAGUGACCGGCGUGGCGGGGGGGCU